AUGGGCGUGGAAACGAGAACGCCGCGAUCGCAGCGAGAGCAGUCCAAAAGGACAUCGCUGUCUUCGGUCAGCAAUUUGCAGAAGGACCGCUGCGUCAUCCUUCCGGAACGCAGCCGCCCCCUGUGGAAAUGGGACACGGUGUGUGCCGUUCUACUGGUUCUUGUGGCCGUGCUAACGCCGUUUGAAGCUGGCUUCCUUGAAGGAGACCUGGUUUCUCCCAUCGGGGUUUUCAACAUCCUCACGAAUGCCUUCUUUUUCGCAGACAUGGUUCUCCAGUUCUUUAUUGCCUAUCCCAUCGAGACACGAUAUGGGCCGCGGUGGGUGCAGAUCAAAAAAAUGAUCGCGCUGCGCUAUCUUCGUGGCUGGUUCUUGAUCGACUUGAUGAGCACUUUGCCCUUGGACUAUCUGUCCCCGGGCACUGGCCUGGGCCUGCUCCGGACCAUCCGGCUGCUCAGGCUGCUGAAGCUCCUGAGACUGGCGCGAGGCAUCCGAGUGGUACGGCGCUACCAAGCUGAGUUCGGCGUUUCCUACCGGAAGUCGUUCAAGAAGCUGGGCUGCUCAUGGUUGGUUCUUCCUUCAGGGCCCAUGUACAGGGAAUGCCUGGACCUUGAAGCACAGCAGGUGACGAUUUCCCUUGAGCCGGCCUGCCCUGAGACCAGCGCAGCUGUAGGACAUCUAGUUGAAGCCAAUGCAGACUUGAGCGAUGCGAAACUCAAGCCAGACAAGUACUUCCCCAUUGAGUUGACAUUUAGCCCGGAGGAUCUGUUUUACACGGGUUUGGGAAUGAAGUUCUGGAUGAACCAAGUCAUGUUUUUUGCCGUUGGCGGGUUUUAUCGCCUUUCUCUGUGGCUUGGCUGGCGCGUGCCAGCAGCCGUCUGCCUUGCCACAGUGUUUUGCACCGCCGGUUGGCAAACAGGUUGGCAGAUGAGCAAGCUUGCAAUCGGAAGUGUGUCCACUUCUGCGGUCCUAGUUGACCUUUUGGUGAACUGGGUUGCCUUCUUUCUCGAGAAGUACUAUCUUGGGCUGUACCGAGGAUACUCGCUGUUCUUCGCUUCCGUGACAGCCGUCGUGGUGUUUGCUCCCUUCGGUGGGGACAGAAGAUUCUUUGGCAUGGUGUCAGUGUUGAGCGUGCGGGCGAUCGCCGUCUUGAGUAUACUCAUGGGCAACUACUUCGUUCUGCUGCAGUUCCCUUCGGAAACGCUCCAGGAUAUGUUUUGGCCCUUCACAGCGUUCAUCUACAAGUCCGUGACGAGUAACAUGGUACAUUUGAUUUGGAACAAGCUUCCAGGGCGACGAGACUGUUCCGCCCUCUGGGUCACCUCAGCCACAUUCACUGUCACGGUCUCCGCGGAGGGCUGGUACUACGGGGGUCUUAUCCUCACAGUCUUCACCGGUGUGGGUACGCAAUACCAGGUAGUGCGCCGAGCCGCCAAUUCCAUAGCGACCCAUGCUGUAUUUGUUCUACUGGCGCGGUUCAAUGUCAUCAACACAGUCGGCCUCUUAAUUUACCGGGGCGCGGCACGAAGAUUUGGCUGGCGCGUGCCAGAAAUCCAUGAAGUCGGGGCGAGAAGGGAUCUCUUUCUUCGCGCCUCACACACAGCUGGAGUUGUGGCGUGGGCCAUAACAUUCAUGUGCUGCGCGGUCUAUGCCCUCAUCACGCUCGUGGCCUAUGAGCAGAUGCGCUGCCAACAGGCAGCACCCACAUGUCACUACCUCUUUCGGCCAGCCAGCUAUGUCGUGGGGAUUUGUGCCGGAGCUGCAAUGAUGUUGACCGAGUUGCUGGCGGCCGUCGGCAUGCGCCUGUUGCGGAAGGCGCGCGGUGACGACGAACCCGCGGGCUGGACCAUGCGUGCCCUGGUGGAGGUCUUCAGGAGGCUCUCCCAACCGGGCAUGUGCGUGCAGGCUUUUGCCACGACAUCCUCAGACCCCCUUGACCCGUCGGUUAACCUUCGCAUGGACCAGGUGCCGGGUCUCUUCUGCCUAUCAGCAAGGGAGUGUGCAGCCUGUCUAAUUUCAAAUCACAUCCUCGCCAUAGUGGUCAGCACCAUCGGCUCUGGUCUCGUUGUUGGCAUGCAGGACGAGCUGCAAAGUUAG